UCCCUUGGUCAAUCGUCAUCUCUGCGCCUACUGGGUCUGUAGUCACAUGCGGCAUAAUCUUUGAGGAAUUGCAUAAACAGCUACAAAGGCACGUCGAAGGCGCGGAGUGGGCAAUGGUGGCUGUUGAUAACACACGGAAGGAAGCAGUCGAAAAAGCUGCAAAGUCAAGGCAAGAGAAGGACAGGAUCAAUCGACUGAAGAGAAUUGACUGGCUAGGGGAUAAAUCAAUGUUUGAGGGGCUAGAGAGGGACAAGGAAUUUGAGAAAAAGAGACAUUUACCCGGAAGUGUAAGUGUCGCGGAGACAUGGGUGGUGAGAUUUGGGAGAUGGUGAUGGUGACAUAUGUGAUAGUAUAUACCGGA